UAUUGUCAACGUCUCCACAACAGAAUGGCGCCGAACUUGCAGGACCCAAACUGCACCCUCAGAAACGUGCUCAGACCAUGCCCAUCCUCCCACGGACGCAUACAAAACGUUUCUAUGGCCUGAUGGAAGUAGUUGAGACGGAAAGGAACUAUGCGAGGGACUUGGCGCUACUAGUUGAGGUCUACCUCCCUGCCCUGCAAGCCGUAGACCCCACCUCUUAUCCUGUCAUCACACGCAACUUGCCCUCACUGCAUGCUGCUCACGUUGGCUUCCUGCAAGAGCUCGAAACUGCUCUCCUGGUCGCUGGGCUUCCCCCGACCACCUCACCGGAAGAUAUGGUUGCAGUAGACUAUUUCGCCGACGAAGAGCCGGCAAGGGUCGCAAAGGCUGUGCGGAGGAUUAGCAGGGCGUUCUUCCUCUCGACGGAUGUCUGGAGCUUGUACGAUGAGUACUGUGCACAACACACCCCCGCUAUGGCCGCACUCGAGAAGCUCGCAACGCGCAUGGGCACGGAAUGGAAGGCAUGGGAACGGAGAUGCAUGACCACUCCGCCUGGGACGUCCUCUUGUGGCUCGUUGGACCUCUCUCGAUCUCCCAGCCCUCUUCCCGCCACUGAUGGGGAGCGCGAGCGUGGCCGACCACCGAAGAAGCAGCUCAGCCUGCACGAUCUGCUCAUCCAGCCCGUGCAAAGGAUUUGUCGGUAUCCCCUCCUAUUGGCAAAGCUCCUCCCACUAGAGUUAAGGCAGUCCGCCCUCCUACCUCAAGUCCCACACCAUCCGUUCGAUGAGCUUGGUGUGCGUGAGCUGCGCGCAGCCUACUCUGUCAUGCGGGAGAUCGUAUCCCGUGUUGAUGAGGCUCGGGAACGGUACGAGCGUGAGCUUAGGGGAGAGCGCAUCGCCGUGCGUGUUGAAGGGCCGGACAUCACUGAAAGCCUUUUGCUCUCCCUCGGCCCGCCACUGCUUGUCGGUGCGCUAGAUGUGCUCGUCCUCCCUCGCACGAUGACUUCCUCUGUCAAUACCUCGACCAGCAGUCUCGCCACCGCGAAUACGGCAGCAACCAUCACCCCUGCCGCAUUUGCGAAUGUCCCAAGUGCAGGAACACCCAAUGGGGCGACGACAAAUUUGCCGAGCAAGGUGCGCUAUCUCGGUGCUUUCCUCUACGCCGGUUGUUUGCUGCUGGUUAAGCCGAAGAAGGGGAAUCUAUAUGAGGCGCGCCACUGGCUUGAGCUUGCCACUUGCCAGAUGGUCGAACCUAGCGCUGAUGAUCCCCCCUUGAUGAACUGCUUCUGCUUGACGAAGGACGACAAGAACUUCUACUUCGCGGCUUCUUGUCCGCAGGAGAAGGCGCUAUGGUUACCUGCAAUAGGGCAAGCCAUCGCCCAAGAACACGCGCUUCGCGAUAGUCCUUUCUCCCUCCCGGUCUUCCCUGCACCCCAAGAGGAUAGCACACCCGUCCUCAUUCAGCCUCCUGCGCUUCUACCUCAUUCACACCCAUCUUCUAGCUCUUCCAGUUCCGCCACUUCCCCAAUCUCGCUCUCUCCUGUUGCAGGCAGCCUCUCUCUCCGCCGCGCUACACCUCAGCAACGCCAGGCCAUCGAUCGCUGCCUCGUCGAUGUCUCCUCCGAAAUCUGCCUCGCUGCUCGGGCCGGUGCUGUCCUGUUUCCUGAUUCGCUCCCAACCGCGCCCACCGGAUUCAGCAGGAUCAUGCACCGUGACAGCUUGAUUUCCACUCCCUCUGCAACAGAUAGGGAAAACUCGCCUGCCCCGACCGAUAAGAAGAAGCGGCGGAUGUCGACACGCUCGUUUGCUGGGUUUAGCCCGAGCGAGACAUUCAGUGUUGAGGAGUCCCCGCUCACGUCGGUACCGGAAGAUGCUGCGGACGAUGACGCACCAACAAUCACACGCCGCAGGCAGAGAACAUACAGUUACACCAUGAACUCUGUUCGUGAGGUACUCCAGGUUGGUCGCGCGCGGCCAGCCAGCGUCCAGAACAUUCUCCAUCUGCAGACAUCUGGUCUACCGGCAACCCCGCAAUCAAAGGCUACGUCAUCCAACUCGUCCGGCUCGGGUCUUACCCGAAGCGGGUCAAUCAUGGCUUUCUUGUCAGCCAGGCAACGCACGAAGAGCGCGCCCGUUACUCCCGGGGCGGGUUCUUCGGAAUUGGCAGAGGAGACAACGCCAACUUCACCGUCCGCGAGUAAUCGUCCCCCGCCUGUGGAUACGACGCCAUUCACAACCUCCGCGGAUCCAUCGCCAAACUCAGACCCGGCCUCUGCGAUUGAAUUUAGCGCUACGGGCCGAUUCAGAGAUCGGCUUGAUUCAUUCCCCUGUUCCGCCGAGGGCGGUAGUCACGAAGGUGCCUUUUCGGACAACGCCGAUCACGAUCCGAGUGCGUCGGAGGAGAGUGCCCUCUCGCCACCUUCGCCUCCUGAUGUUGUCCAGCCAAUGCACAAUGUGCGCAUUCGAAGCCCGAGUCGUGAACUGGAUUCAAUGUUGCUCUCUGCCAAGGUCCCGAUGGAUUUGACCAAGCUCUCCCCUGAGCAUGCGAUGAGGGCGACUUUUUCCACUCCGUCAGCUUCGGCUCCGUCUACACUUCGCCGCAAAAAUACUGGUAGCUUCUUUGCAAGGCUCAACCCCUUCACGCCUGUGAUCAGCUAAAUCGUCCGAACACUGAUGACACUCAAUCACACUUCUUUACUCUCAUUGUUAUUCACAC